AUGAUCACGCUGGUACAGAAAGCUUUUGGCUAUUUUGUUGGGGGCCGUGACGACCAGCCUUCGAAGUGGGAGGAAGUAGAUAGACCGAGGCUCGAAGAUUUUGUAUCAGUGUCUCCCUCCACAGUUGAGACGUGUGACUUUGAAGGCGUAAUAACGUCUGUACGAGGUUCGGACAUUAUAAUCAAUAAUGACAUAUAUUGUGACGCUUCCAAAUUUCAAGCGGGGGAAAAAAUCUGCGUCAAUAACCAAGUGACAGGUGUAGCUGAAAGGAGGAAUAAACACGAGGCAUGGAGAGCAGUGCACGUACAGAUGUUACAGGAGAGGUGGGAUGAUGAUGGUGGUGGUGGUGAUGAAGCCCAAUUGAAUUCUUGUAAAAAUGAUGCCAAUGACCGGGAUGUUUUUCCCGGUAAAUGUACAAAGACGUCAUUAGACCCAGAGAUGAGAAUACCACACUCCGUGAAGCAGUAUGUCCAUUAUCCCGCGAAGACGAGACAAUUUGAAACGCAAAGUACAAAAGAUCCGAAAGAGAAAGUUAUCGGCAGAGUAACAGGCAUGUGUGGUGGCACUGUCUCCUUGAAUGAAAACAUUAGUUUUAGUUUAUCAGAAACAAACUGCAACUGGAAAAUAGUUAAAGGGGACUGGGUUAUCUGUGAGGUUGACAACUCGUCUACUGCACGUGGUGGGGACAGAGCCAAGAUGGAGGGCAUUGUCCAAGUGGUGUCGUGUAAGCCGCUCAGGAGAAAGAGAGUGCGGGGAGAAGUCACUCACUGCUACCCUACGUUUUGCAUCAUAAACCAAGAGAUAUACUGUACUCGUGCUGUAGCAGAGGCGGCAUCAGUGAAAGCAGGCGACACGGUGAUGGUUGAAGCAAUCGAGAGCCAUCAGCGCAACUUUUGUUGGCGAGCUCUGGAAGUGAACUCUGAUCUUUGGUCUGCUGGCAUCCAGGAGCUGGGAACGUCGAGGCUUACAAGACAUUUACUUGACUUCCCCAAUUGUGCUUUGUCUACCCGAGAGAAUAAGACGGAGAAAAUGUUAGAAAAUAAGAAUAACAUCGUUAUUACAGAGUCCCUCAGGUUCCCAACUCUAGUAUUAGGAGCCAAGUCGUACAUCAGCGUUUCAAUAAAAAACAACGGGUCAGUUUCUAAAACUUUGAAGAGGAUCUAUUUUGUCACUGCUACACAAGAGUGCCAGUUUAAUGUGGUCCAUUGCUCAGCUGGGGGAAUAGUAGAUGGCACUCCUGUAACCAUUGAUCGGGAUGUGGUAGUCGAUAUCCGAUUCGAGUGUACCGGCAAGCUCCUCGGAAUGGCAAGGCAACUAUGCAUCUUUGACUUUGGCGAUUUCCAGAUAGGUAGAUAUGCGAGUGCUAAUGUUGAAGAUCAUAACAUGAUGUGCUUAGCACCUGUUGCUCCUUACGUGCCAAAGCAAAAGUUUAAAAAUUCCUUGCACUUCCAGUCUAAAGACAGAGAGAUUAUCAGAGGCGAAAAACCCUUCAAAUCGGCAGCAUUCUUGUCAGUGUCUCUGCCAAUGGCACACGUUCCAAAGCAACUUUGGCAAGCUAUCAGGAGCAAUGUAGAUAUUCUCAGUGUGGCUCCCUCGCUCUCCGAUCCUCUUACAUCAGAAAACCAUAAAGAAAAGCUUUCUGCGUUGUUGCACUUAGAAGAAAUAGAAAUGACACUACAAAUUAGACAGUUUGAUAUGGCGAGAACCAAUUUCUCUGUGCAUGGGGAGUACCUGAGUCUUGUGGUGCCAGGACUGUCAGAAAAGCGUCCAUCUCUCAUGAUUGGCGACACAGUUAUUGCAUCUAGCCCUUGUGACAGUAACGAAUUAGAAUACGAGGGCUAUAUUCAUGAAGUUCUUCACACACAGGUUUUGCUGAAGUUUCACCCGACAUUCCACAGUGAUUACCGUGGGGAAGACUAUGCUGUACGAUUCAACUUCAGUCGCACUCCGCUACGUCGCUGUCAUUUUGCUUUGGAGUUUGCCAUGAAACAGCUUGGUCCCAAUAUUCUUUUUCCUUCCAAACUGCAACUUCAGCCUCCUCAGGUGUGUUAUAUAGACCCAGAAGCACCCACGCUAGCCUACAGAGCAAGGAAGGCCCCGGACAUAACUGCUGUCAACCAUAAUCUCAUAACCCAGAUCAGUCAAUCGGAAAACAUAAACAUUGGUAGUGAUACAGAGGUACAAGUGAAACAAAGACCCGAAGCUAUAUGUAGCUCUGUGGAGGAGAAAUAUUGCACUAACGAAUACGUCGCUGAAAAUAAGGCUUUCACUGGUAAAUUGCUUAUGGAAUUGAAGCACAAUACAAGUCAAAAUAAAAUAGGUGUUGAAAUUGAGAAUCUUAAAAAUGAGGCAACUGUGAGGCGAACUUGUAAGGAAAGCAAGGAAUUUGAUGAUAAUUCCAGGACAUUAGUUGAGAAGAAAAUUAAUGUUGAAAUUGGUAGUGAUGAUUUAAGAUUAGCAGUACAAUCCCAGAGAAAAAAUUCAAGUCCAGUCACUCCUAGAAUACCUGUUGUGACGAGAUUAUUUGGAGUUAGUUCUUCAGGCUCAAGUUCCAAUUCAUCAAUGUGCUGUAGUGAUGAUGAGUCUAGAAAUAGUACAAGUGUUGGCUUUAAGAAUGACGCUUUUCAUGCCAAAAAGUUGACGAAGAAGAAACUAAAUUUUGGCAGCAUUUCCAUCACUGAAGACAUAGAAAUUGGGAGUAAGUCUGGGUCAGGCAGAAAAGCGUGUAUAAACAACGUAAAUAGUAACACACCAGAAGCGGCUGCGCGUUCUUCAGUGGAGGAGGUCACAGAUUUCCGUACAUGGCAACGUUCAAGUGUCUCGAAGGCUGCUCCAUUACCAAAACAAUGUGAAAAGAAGGGACUUGCUGUGCACAAAGUUAAAACGACGAAAAGAAUACCACUACGGGCUGAAGGUGGGAAUGUACCACUGUUUCUCCCGAGGUCACUUGAACUGAGCUUCUAUAAACGUGCCAACAGAACGAAGGAAGGAAGAGUUUGUGGAGAGAAUCAGACUUGUACAAUAACACGAGAUAUUAAAUUCUUGGAAACUGAUCAUAGAAAAGCCUCGGAAAGGAGUGAUAGUGUUGUUGACAAUGUAUGCUGUGAAACAGGUGCCAGUCGUGUAGACAGUGAAAGUGGUAAAGCAAGUGUUAGUCGUGUGGACAGUGAAGCCUGUGAAACAGGUGCCGGUCGUGUAGACAGUGAAAGUGGUAAAGCAGGUGUUAGUCGUGUGGACAGUGAAGCCUGUGAAACAGGUGCCGGUCGUGUAGACAGUGAAAGUGGUAAAGCAGGUGUUAGUCGUGUGGACAGUGAAGCCUGUGAAACAGGUGCCGGUCGUGUAGACAGUGAAAGUGGUAAAGCAGGUGUUAGUCGUGUUGACAGUGAAGCCUGUGAAACAGGUGCUGGUCGUGUAGACAGUGAAAGUGGUAAAGCAGGUGUUAGUUGUGUGGACAGUGAAGCCUGUGAAACAGGUGCCGGUCAUGUAGACAGUGAAAGUGGUAAAGCAGGUGUUAGUCGUGUGGACAGUGAAGCCUGUGAAACAGGUGCUGGUCGUGUUGAUAGUGAAGCCUGUGAAACAGAUGCUGGUCAUGUUGAUAGUGAAUGUUGUCGUCAUGACGCAUUACUUCAAGAGCCAUUUCCAAAUAAUUUCACAAAAAUAAAGUCAACAGACUCAUGUCAAAGGAAGAAGAACCGUAAAGAGAACAUAAAGUCUAAAAAUUACUCUACCAAAUCCCAGAAAUGGCCGACCAAUCAAAAUUCAGCUGGAGCGCGCAGUGAUUACAUCGUUCCUGUUUUGCCAAUUUUCACAAGGAAAAAAGGUACGAAAAGCUUGGCACAUGUGCCUGUCUUGAAGUGGUUUAACAAAAGCUUGAACGCAGAGCAGAAGGUGGCUGUUUGUCGUGUCCUGGAGGGAAGCACCCGCCCGCUACCCUACGUUAUCUUUGGACCCCCGGGCACCGGGAAGACUGUGACACUGGUGGAGACAGCACUGCAGAUUUUCACAAUGAUAGAACACAGCAGGAUUAUAAUAAUAACGCCGUCCAAUAGUGCCUCAGACCUCGUAAUGGAGAGACUCGUUGCUUCUGGCCAGCUGGGGAAAAUGGAAGUGGUGCGAUUAAAUGCCUACCAGAGACUGGAAGAUGCCAUUCCUGAGGUUAUCCGUCCAUAUUGCUGCAACGGUGAUGAGCUCUCGGUGCGUGCACAUCAGCGGAUCAUAGUGACGACAGCGACCACCGCUGGUGUUAUGUAUACUCUCGGUCUUCACAAUGGACACUUUAGUCAUGUGCUAGUUGAUGAAGCUGGCCAGUUAACUGAGCCAGAGUGCUUAGUUGGUUUAGGGUUAGUGAAUUCUACAUCAGGUCAACUGGUUCUUGUUGGUGAUCCUGAGCAGCUCGGCCCUGUGGUUCAAAGUGGCUUAGCCAAGAGAUACGGUCUCCAGCAUUCCCUUCUGCAGCGUUUGUGUUAUUCUGUUCUUUAUCAGCCAGAAGAAGUGAGCAAGUCCUCAGCGUGGCUGUACCAAGCGUGCCUGGUGACGCAGUUGGUGAAGAACUAUCGUUCUCAUCCCGACAUCCUCCACGUUCCAUCCACUCUCUUCUACCACAGUAGCCUUCAAGCCUGUGCUGAUAAUAAGGUGAACGAAGAGCUCCUGGCGUGGGAUGAGCUGCCUUGUCCCUCGUGUCCGCUCUUGUUCCACGGUGUGGUUGGGGACAACCUCCAGGAAGGAGACUCUCCAUCUUGGUUCAAUGCAGCUGAAGCUUUUCAGGUGGUGCGGUACACGAAGAGCCUCAUUAUGUUCGGUGUUAAGCCUCAGGAUGUUGGAAUUAUCACGCCGUACAGGAAGCAAGUAGAAAAAGUCCGAAAGUUAUUGAUAACUUUUGGCAUUGAGGAAAAUGUGAAGGUUGGAUCUGUGGAAGAAUUUCAAGGCCAGGAAAGGCGAGUUAUCAUCAUCUCUACCGUAAGGUCGUCUACUGAGUUGGUAGAGGUUGACGUUCGGCACAGCUUGGGAUUUGUAAAGUGUCCGAAGCGUUUUAAUGUAGCCGUGACGAGAGCUCAAGGAUUGUUACUGGUGGUCGGCAAUCCUCUCCUACUAGUCCAAGAUAACUGUUGGUGUCAGCUUAUUAAAUUUUGCCUUCAGAAAGGUGCAUAUCGUGGGCCCGAACUAGACCACCUCGUUAGAGACGAUUACGUCUAGACACCUGCAGUUUAUCAUCAUGUAUAGAGGAGCAGGUUUUCUACGCUUGAUUAUGAUAUUUUGUAUCUACCAAGACUGGACGCCACGAAUCAUUGUUUCGUGGUGAUUGGUACAAAUGUCAGCACUGUGACGUUUACCAGUGUUGUGAAUUAUGUGGUGGACGGUUAUAUUUGAUAAUGAAGAACUACUUUCAUUAUUACUUAUUAUUCAUUAUAAAUGAUAUGUAUUGAUUGUGGUACAUAACUGCUGCCUUUCAUUAUUGAUUUAAAUACAUUAUUAAUUACUUUUAUGUACUUAGAAUUUGAAUGUUCUGGAUUUAGUCUGAAUUGUUCAUGCAUGGAAGCCUAAAGGUGAACACGAGCCAUUGCUCAAGACAUUCAACACUGUGAUACGUGUUGUGCAAUAAUCCCCCUCUGUAUGGCACAUGUUGUUUAUACCCACAGCAACUUACGAAAAAAAGAAUGUAUACAAAAUACAAAAAAUGAAGUAUAAUUCAUUGCACUGGGAUCCACAAUACCUCUUUCAGAAGGGUUAUAUUAUUUGAACCUCAAAUAAUAACAAAUUUACCUUACACGGAAUAAUUUGUUAUUCGAACAUUUAUUGUUUAUUAUUUGAACCUCAAAUAAUAACAAAUUAUUCCGUGUAAGGUCAAUUUGUUCUUUGAGAUUUGUAAAUACAAAAAAAAAAUGUCAAUUUUGUACAGUUAAUAGAGUUAGCGGUCAGUGCUUAUCUAGCAGUUCGUGAAUGUGUUUGUAAUUACGUGAGUGUUUGGGCAGCAAGAUCUCUUGGGAAUUGUGUUAGUGGUUCGGGUUUGGAGAACAAUUUCACUUUGGAAUUGUGCUAUAACAAUCAGUUGCAGCUGGUUGAGACUGUCUUGUGAACCAAUAUUUAUAACCAAUUGAGAGAGCCAAGAAGACUCCUGCUAUCAUGAUACGACCCAAGUUUACACUCUCAGAUUUUCCUCCCGAGAUAUUCUUCUCGGAUGGCCGCUUUUGCAUUCACUUAUUUUGUAUUUUGUCUUCUAUCGUUUUAAUGUUAAUAUUUCUAAUUACUUUUUUCCCCUUGAUUUUCUUUUUAUUUCUCCUCUUUCACUUUCAUCGUUAUCUUCUUAAAUUUGUCUUCGUUACGGAACUUGGUUCCCGCGGCUAGAGAUGCAGCUACAGGACUUACUGUAAUAAAGGAGCUUGCUAUGUUUACUAACACUAAUUGUGACAAGUUAUGUGUGUGAUGCAUUUCUGUAAGUUUAUUUCCCAGUGCAAUUGUUCUUGCUUUCAAGGAACUGGUCUUUCCUUACAUGCUGAGAACCACCAGUACUCAUGUGUGUACUCUACUACUUCUCUUCUUAGGUACAGUACGCUACUACUACUACUCUUCUUACACUCAGUACACUGCUACUCUUCUUACACUCAGUACACUGCUACUCUUCUUGUACUCAGUACACUGCUACUCUUCUUGUACUCAGUACACUGCUACUCUUCUUGUACUCAGUACACUGCUACUCUUCUUGUACUCAGUACACUGCUACUCUUCUUGUACUCAGUACACUGCUACUCUUCUUGUACUCAGUACACUGCUACUCUUCUUGUACUCAGUACACUGCUACUCUUCUUGCACUCAGUACACUGCUACUCUUCUUGUACUCAGUACACUGCUACUCUUCUUGUACUCAGUACACUGCUACUCUUCUUGUACUCAGUACACUGCUACUCUUCUUGUACUCAGUACACUGCUACUCUUCUUGUACUCAGUACACUGCUACUCUUCUUGCACUCAGUACACUGCUACUCUUCUUGUACUCAGUACACUGCUACUCUUCUUGCACUCAGUACACUGCUACUCUUCUUGUACUCAGUACACUGCUACUCUUCUUGUACUCAGUACACUGCUACUCUUCUUGUACUCAGUACACUGCUACUCUUCUUGUACUCAGUACACUGCUACUCUUCUUGUACUCAGUACACUGCUACUCUUCUUGUACUCAGUACACUGCUACUCUUCUUGUACUCAGUACACUGCUACUCUUCUUGCACUCAGUACACUGCUACUCUUCUUGUACUCAGUACACUGCUACUCUUCUUGUACUCAGUACACUGCUACUCUUCUUGUACUCAGUACACUGCUACUCUUCUUGUACUCAGUACACUGCUACUCUUCUUGUACUCAGUACACUGCUACUCUUCUUGUACUCAGUACACUGCUACUCUUCUUGUACUCAGUACACUGCUACUCUUCUUGUACUCAGUACACUGCUACUCUUCUUGUACUCAGUACACUGCUACUCUUCUUGCACUCAGUACACUGCUACUCUUCUUGUACUCAGUACACUGCUACUCUUCUUGCACUCAGUACACUGCUACUCUUCUUGCACUCAGUACACUGCUACUCUUCUUGUACUCAGUACACUGCUACUCUUCUUGUACUCAGUACACUGCUACUCUUCUUGUACUCAGUACACUGCUACUCUUCUUGUACUCAGUACACUGCUACUCUUCUUGCACUCAGUACACUGCUACUCUUCUUGUACUCAGUACACUGCUACUCUUCUUGUACUCAGUACACUGCUACUCUUCUUGUACUCAGUACACUGCUACUCUUCUUGUACUCAGUACACUGCUACUCUUCUUGUACUCAGUACACUGCUACUCUUCUUGCACUCAGUACACUGCUACUCUUCUUGUACUCAGUACACUGCUACUCUUCUUGCACUCAGUACACUGCUACUCUUCUUGUACUCAGUACACUGCUACUCUUCUUGCACUCAGUACACUGCUACUCUUCUUGUACUCAGUACACUGCUACUCUUCUUGCACUCAGUACACUGCUACUCUUCUUGUACUCAGUACACUGCUACUCUUCUUGUACUCAGUACACUGCUACUCUUCUUGUACUCAGUACACUGCUACUCUUCUUGUACUCAGUACACUGCUACUCUGACAUGCAGUCCAUUACAAAUGUUCUAGCAUGUAGUACAAUAAUGCUCUUCAUACAGAGAGGUAGCUCUCAUGGGGGAUUUCUUGGCAUGAGGAAAUUUUGUCUAUUCGCCAUAUGUUACAUGGGGGUUUGUUUUCCUUGUAUGACUCUGGGAGUCCAAAAUAUGCUCAUUUGUGAAGUAAGUGAUGAUCUCCAAUACCUGCAUAGCGGUGUUGUCACCCGUUAUCUCAUGGUUAAAAUAGUGUAUUUAGUGAUGAUCAAAAUGGACUAUUCUUGUAAGUUUGUAUGCAGACGAGGUAUGGAAAAUAGCGUAUGGUAAUUUGCUGCAUUCGUCUCUUUAUUUUGUUUACGGGAUGCUGAAAACUGAGCGUUCAGGUUUUUAAGUCCUGGCUUUAAGUUUUUUGAUGCGCAUUAGCAUCGUGUAUGUUUUCUAUGAUGUCUUGAAUACUCUGUAACACAGACAGUGUUAUAUGACAACCUGAAGUUAGCGUUUUAUUUUGAUACUUGUAUACAGUAUUUUCAUUCUUUCACAGUGUCUCGAAUUAACUCUUAUGUAAUCCAAAUUGGAUUUGAACUGCUUUAAUAAUAAUAAUAAUAAUAAUAAUUAUACUUUAGACUGUGAAUUGCAGUAAAGAAUGUUAUUGCCAGCUUGGUAAUAUUUGUACACAUUAUAUAAUGAAAAUGUUUAUUUGGGAAUUAUAUAUAAAAAAAAAUUGUCUACCUAAUUUAUGUUUCUUAAUUAAUAAGGACAUUUGCAGCUUUAAUAAAGAUUUUGUGGAACAGUGAGAUCUCAGUUUUGAAUAAAAAUGUUGUCCAAG